CUUAUCUAUGGCUUUCUGUUACCCUUUAUUUGUUUCCAAUCGCCCAUCAAUUUUUCUGAACAAAAGCUCAGCUAUUAUAGGUGACAAACACAUACCCAAGCACCACUAUUUUAGUGGCUAUAGUAAAACCCGUUGUAAUAUUGCACUGAAGCAAAAUAUCCAUAUUUCUGAAAAUAGAAAUAGUAAGGAAGCUCUCCAUAUGAGACAUGCCAAAGCAUUGGAGGAAGUUAAGCGUGUAUUUAACAAGGCAAGACAUAAUGCAGAUGGAGGUUUAUAUAUAGUGGACUCCAUCCAAAGGUUAGGCAUUGAAUACCACUUUGAAGAGGAGAUUAAAACAACUCUUGAAAGGAAAUAUCGGAUGCUUAGAAUUCACAACUAUCAAGGAAAUAAUUUUCAAGAAAUGUCAGAAGUUUCCCUUCAAUUUCGUCUGUUAAGACAACAAGGGUAUUACAUUCCCGCAGACAUAUUUGGUAAGUUUUGGGACAAUAAAGGCAAUAUCAAACAUACCUAUUGUGGGGAUAUAGAUGGGUUAAUUGCCUUGUUUGAAGCCUCUCAAUUAAGCAUAGAAGGAGAAGAUUGUCUUGACAAAGCAGGGGAGUUCAGCCGCCAAUAUCUCAGUGCGUGGUUAUCAAGAUUUCAUGACCAUCCUCAAGUCAAAGUUGUUGCAAACACAUUACGGUGUCCUAUUCAUAAAAGUAUGUCAAGGUUCAUGCCCACAAUGUUACAAUUAGAAAAUGCAGGAUGGACAAGUUCUUUACAAGAACUGUCCAAAAUUGACACCCAAAUUGUUAGCUCUUUGCAUUUGAAGGAAAUUUUAGCAGUUUCCAAAUGGUGGAAAGACCUAGGUUUGACAAAGGACUUGAAGUUUGCCAGAGAUGAACCAAUUAAAUGGUACUUGUGGUUCAUGGCAUGUCUCCCAGAUCCCCGCCUCUCGGAAGAAAGGAUUGAGCUCACAAAAUCACUAUCCCUAAUCUACGUCAUUGAUGAUUUAUUUGAUUUUGAUGGAAACAUUGAUGCACUCACUCUCUUCACAGAUGCUGUCAAGAGAUGGGACUUGGCAGCGAUGGAUCAAUUACCAGACCACAUGAAAGUAUGCUUCAAGGCUAUUUAUGACAUAACGAAUGAAUUUGCGUUCAAAACCUACAUCAAACAUGGAUGGAAUCCUACAGCCACCUUAAUAAAAUCGUGGGUAAGACUCAUCAAUGCUUUCCUAGAAGAAGCAAAAUGGUUUGCUUCAGGGCACGUACCAAAAGCAGAGGAGUAUUUGAAGAAUGGGGUAGUAAGCACUGGGGUGCAAGUGGUCCUUGUACACACAUUCUUUUUCAUGGGCCAAGGCAUAACGGAGGAAACCGUGACUCUUAUGGAUGAUUUCCCAAACCUUGUAUCAACAGUAGCCACAAUUCUUAGGCUGUGUGAUGACCUUGAAGGCGACAAGGAUAUUAAUCGUGAUGGCAAUGAUGGGUCGUACAUGAAGUGCUACAUGAAGGAACACCGAGGAGUUUCUAUUGAACAAACAAGGGAGCAUAUCAAUAGUAAGAUUUCAGAUGCAUGGAAACGACUCAACAAAGAAUGCCUUAGCCCAGCAAAUCCAUUACCAUCAUCCUUUACUAAAUUUUGCCUUAAUGCUGCUCGGAUGGUACCUCUAAUGUACAAUUAUGACGGCCAAAGUUCAUCAAAGCUAGAAGAGUAUGUGAAUUCGUUGUUUUAUGGUGAUGGUUACAUACAAAAUGUUCCACAAGAGCACACCACUGUUUCAUGAAAUAUAAUCUUUACAUAGAGAUCGACGUAGAUAUAUAUAGGGGUGAAACUGGGUUAAUUUAGCCUACGGCUCGGCCUAGCUAGAUCUGACCUAGUAUAUUUCGUAAAAUAGGUCGGGCUUGAAAUUUGAAAAAAGUUUGUUUAAUAAAUAGACCGUAGGUCUACUUUCACAAGGCCUGACCUAUAAGCUUACAU